AUAUAUCAUAAAACUUUCUUAUUCUCUCAUAUUCAAAUAAAAAUCCCGCUUUUAAAUCUUUUGAUUCUUCUUCUUCUUCCAUUGCUUUUUAUUAUUCAAGAGUUUCAUAAUCCAAAAAGAAAAAAGAAAAAGAACCCAUCUCAGUUUUUUCUUUCUUUUCUUUCUUUAUAGCAUUUUUUUUUUCUUUGUCUACUAAAUCAUUAUAAACAUGAAACUCUUAACAUCAUCACCAUCAUCUUCAUCAUCAACCUUUAGUUUUGAUCCAACUUUUUGCAGUUUCAAAACUGCUAUCACAACAAUUUUUCACAGAAUUAUCUGUUCUGGUAGCCUUCAAACACACCCAUCAGAACAAAUUAGAGAGCUCCAUUCAAAUUUCAUUGCUAGUGAAAAAGUUCAAAAUUUGAACACUAGUAGUACUAUAGUUUCUUCUUCUCCUGUGGUGGCAAGGUUAAUGGGUUUGGAUUCAAUGGUAGGUAGUUCAGUUUCACAUAACAGAUCAUUGAACUCUGUUAACUCUGUUUCACAAGGUUUUCAUUUACUUGAAAAUGAGAACUUUUUGGUGUUUAGCUUUGAAAGUGGAGGUGAGAAUAGUAAAUUCAAGUCUAAAGGGAGAAGAAAAGAAAAGGGUUGUGUUGAGUUGAAGAAAAAAAAGAGAGAAAAUGUGAAUGUGGGAAAUGGAAAUGGUGAGAAAGUGAAGAAGAGAAAGAAAGGGAAAAUUUGUUGUGUGGAAAAGAAAGUUGAAAAUGAAUGUUGUUCAGAUGAUUCUAGUCCUGUUUCUGUGUUUGAUUUUGAGUGUGAUGUUUCUGGAACAGAGGAAGAUCUUUGUGAUGAUGUUGAUAUGAGUUGGAGAAGAAAAUUGUCACCAGUACUUGAAAAUGACCAGCUCUUUACUCUACAUUCAGAUAGUAACUUGAAGAAUGAAGAAAAGAACAAAGAUAAUGAAAUUGAGAACAAUAUGCAUGAAGGAUCAAAGAGGCAAAACAAUGAGUGUGUAGAUAUUUGGAGUAAAAUUUGCAAGCUAGUUGAAGAUGAAUUUGUUGGAAAUCAAUUGAAGGAAGUAAAGUGUAAAAAAAGUGAUUUUGAAAGUAUAAGUGCUGAUUUUGAGUCAGAAAUUUUAGAUGAAUUGUUAGAUGAGAUUAUAGAUCAACUUGUUACUUGCUGUUGGUAAGGUAAUCACUUGAAAGUAUUGCAAAUUUAGAAUUUAGAAUAUGUAAAAUAAGUAAAUUAAUGAAGAAUAAUAAUAAAAUAUUUUAAUUCUC